AUGGAGGAUUAUAUGGAGUGUCAGAUUUUUGGCAUCAGACUAUAUUUCAAUCUUCGUGGGGACACAACAUUUUAUCGAGGAUUUUUGAAAGCGGAAACAAUAACAGCGUAUACCUACAUUUAAUGAUUAAUACAUAGAUGCAAUAUGUUGUAUAUACUGAAUGUAAUUAUGCUUAUGUGAAACAGCACAAUAGCAUCUUUUUUGAAGGAGAAAUGUAAAUUUAUGCAUAGAAAAAACAUAUGUUUUAAUUAUAGCUGUGAGUUGUGUUCAUCACUGGUCACAUGUCCUGCUUCACCUGUUUCAUCUCCAAACCUUCCCACAGGACAUGCGCAGUGAGAAACCCAGGCGCUGUCCAUUGUGCUGAAAUGACGCACGGUGCCAACAGGUACCCAGAGGUCCGGAAUGAUCCAGAAGCAAAACAUAUAACUGUCAAUCUGUUUAUCCACAAAUCCCGAUAGACGUCAUAAAUUGAUGAUUCUGAACGGCCUAUGGACAUGUGUCGACAGCUUUCCAUACUGACAAGUUAACACUUUCCAGCGUCACCUCAUCCCAGCUAUAGCAUCCUGUGUGUGUGUGUGUGUGUGUGUGUGCGUGUGUGGAUGCUGCACACACAGCUGCUGCUUCUUUAAGAGCCACCGCCCGCCCCCUCCCCAGUAUUUUUAGCUGAGCCAGCCACUUCAUUCUCUGGAUGAGACGGACAGCUGUGCACCGUGGGCUGUGUCGCUCACUUCAUCGUUUUCAAUAAAUGACAUCAAUGUCCACAAACUGCGGAUCCGCCGUGGGCCUGCAGUAGCCACCUGGGGGGAGGGAGACGUUCGUCCCGCCGCUGUCGGAUGCUGAGACUCGCACUCAGCCCCGUGGAUCUGCCUGAUGUCCAUUAUGAAACGCAAUGGUGCACUGUCGAGUGUGAGGCGCAGCGCUUUUGACAUCCAGUGAAUCACCAGAAAUCAAUUGGGCUGUACUCAACGCUCCUGCGGUGCGAGGUGGACCAGCAUCCCCGGUGUGCUCAUCGCUCAGCCUCCCAUCUUCUCCUGGACUGUGGAUAACUAGAAGCCUUCAAGACGGAGGGGGCGGUGGAGCAUCGAGGGAAAAACAGGGGCAACAUGAGAGAGCGGGACUUCAUGCCCAAUGUGGAGAGGGGCAAACCUGCCACUUACACGGGGGACAAAAAGGCUAAGAUGGCUGCUAAGACGAACAAGAAGUGGGUGAGACUAGCAACCGUGUUUGCAUAUGUGUUGUCCGUGUCCUUAGCAGCCAUCAUCCUGGCUAUUUACUACAGCCUCAUCUGGAAACCAACUAGUGCGUCCUCCUCCGCGGGGAGGCCGGGGGUGCCAGAGGGGGUCACCCCCAGCGCCAACAUCUCCACUAACGUGUCCUCGAGCGUCACCGUGUCGGAGUGGAACUCAACGCAGACGGGGCUGCCGCUGUCUCUGAACCACACCACCAGGCAGGGCACCACCGCGGCAGCAGCAGCCCCGCACAGCCUCGCAUCGGCGGGGUUCCAGUGGGACGACAUGGCCGAGAGCGUGGCCGUCUCGCCCGGGGCAGAGGUUGCGCACUCGCAGCGGCAGGAGGAGGGAGGACUCUACGCAUCAUCCACGGAGAGAUCGGGCACUUCGGGGAAACAGACGCAAAGCAAGCCCCAGCCCAGGGUGAGCCAACACAUACCAACGGACACCGCGGAGCCAGAGGGCGAAGGGGAGAAAGAGGAGGAGGAGAGGGUGGCGCGCACUGGGGGUGAUGGAGAGACUGACCCUGAGCAGGCGGCUGCAGAUUCGGCCACCGUCCCUCGGACGAGCAUGAGAGGAGAGUGAUCCGGCCCUGAUUGUCAUCGUCGCCAUCAUCACCCCUCGCGCGCACACUGACCCGUGGAGGAGUGUUUACCAGACUCAGUGCCGCAGGUCGGAUAACACGCAGGUCUGAACUCAUCUCUUGCUCUAAAGCCUGAGAAAAGAGGAGACGUCCCUUCUUCUGUAAACACUGCCCCCCCCCCAACACUAACUCUGCGUUUUUUUUCCUUUUAGGCCAUUUGUAUGCCUUAAAAAUCAGUGUGAGUCUCCAGCUUCUGAGGCCACUGACCUGCCUGUACGUGUGGACGAGACUGCCCUAGAUAUUUUUGUUAAAAUGAAUGGGACAAAGGCUCCAGAGAUUGUUUCUAUUUGUUUUUGUAGGGCAUGAACAUGCAAACAUGCAGCGCUUAACAUCACUGCCAUUCAUCGGCUGGUCUAAAAAUCACUAAUAGCAUUUUAACAUCUAUAGGCUGUACUCUUCCCUUUUUUUUUCAUGGACCAAACCUGGAUUACGAGUAGGAGAAAAACUGCAUUGUUGAGUUAUGCUCAGGUAUGUGCAUACAACCAUGUAAAUGUACUGUGGAUUUGGUUGUGUACAUAUAUAGGGCAGGCGUAGAUCUUUUUGGGGCCUUGAUGAGCUUUUAGUUUCAUUAGAUACAUUUUUAUUAAAGAUACAUGUAUGAUAGCUAUAACUAUAUCACAAGGUACAAAUAAACAUCCUUAGAAAACGACUCACUUCUAUGGUUUUGUAUAACCCGGUAUAUGUUAAUGGCAUCUGAUCUAUGCAGAGCCAGAAUGGGGGGUGAUGUUGAAAUUGGCUUCUGAGUGUAAACCCCACAUUUGAUACGAAGGAGUAGCUUCAGCAGAAAUCACAUCAGUGCACGCUCAGCACAAGGAGCACAGGGUUUAUGGUCAGUC